AUGAAAAUUAUAAUUGCAUCAAUUGGAGGAACUGUAGGCGCCGUUAUAAUUAUGGCAUUUGGAUUUUUAUUUUAUAAAUGGAAUAGAAAUAGGAAUGAACAAUCUUCUGAAUACAUUAAUGAGCAACAUAAUUUACCUGGAAGUAUUGUUGAAAAUAAGCGUAGUA